GUAACAAAAACGAACGUCUUUUAGUACUUUAAAAGGUUGCCUCGUUGUAUCGUACAAAUACAGACACUAAACACAUACUUAGAGUCCCACAAAGACAAGACGACCGCGUAAGUGGUGCUAAUCCCGACACAAUACGUUUCAUAAGCCUCUCUUCUUGGAUAUUAUCUGCAAUAUUAUAUUUUAUUCACAGAAUGUGAAAGUGAACCUUGUUUGAUAUUUCUUAUUUUAUUUAACUUAUUUUAAAUAUUCAGUAUGGAUAUGGUUGAAAUGUUCAUGUGUGGAGUCAUCAACGUUAACUUAUGAUGAUGUGUGAAGCGUUGUAAAUGGUGCUGACGUCAUGGCGGGUCCUAUUCGUCAUCUCUCCACAUACAACCACGAGCCGGAGCCGUCUGCUAACUCGCUGAUAACAGAGAUAAAUGUCCAACUGGCUCUGUUCCGAGACCUUCUGAUCCACUUCGGCCAGCCACACGACUGUCCAGAGCUUCGGGAGCGGGUCAGGCGACUUCGACGAGCCUGUGUGGAAGCCACCAAACAGACCAGCCAGCUCGUCCUGCCUAACAGUAAAAAGUCCUCAAGCGAAGGGUGCACAGAGCAGUCGCAGUUGGUGCUGCUGUACUUCAUGUCCCAACUCCUACUGCGAGAGCUCGCGAAGUGUCAUCGACUCGUCCAGCUCGUGCCCAUGGAUAUGACUUCAUAUUACGAAAAUCGCGCCGGUCCGUCCAAUUUCGGCAACGUCAUCAGUCAAAUACUGCUGUGCAAACAGAUCACGCCCGACUUUAACCAAGAGGAGCUCUGCAGCAUCGCCAAGGACACGCAGGAAAUCACAAGAAUAGUUAACGACAUUCAAGAAUACUUACCGCAACAUGAAAGUCUUAAUCACUUAGAGAGUAAUGUCGCACUGAAAGGUGACGACGUUAACGGACUGUGGCGGGACAAACGAAGAGGAUCUCUGUACAAAGGCAUGGGUGUACUGUGUUGCGUAUCACGGCCUAACUACCUCUGAGGGUGACGGGUCUCGCCCACGAGGCGGCUUAGCUUGGAACAAACGCCAAUGACAUCAACGAUAAGCUAAGCGUGAACGUGUCCAGCAAGGCGCAAAGAACUUUGAAGUGUUCAGCGGUGAAAAUAAACAAUCAAUUCCUAUAGUGAAUGACGUGUUACGUUAAAUGUACAGAACAAAUGAAUGGGUCCAUUAAAUUGUUAAAUGUAACUAGAGAAUUGAACGAUGGAGUCGGUCGAGCAACUACUGUGCACGUGACAAUUACUUAAGUAGUUCAAUUAUGUACCUAAGUAUAAAUAUCAUGAGUAGUAAGUAUAUAUGCAUUAAAUCAUGCAAAUGUAUCAUUAUAAAUUGCCUGGAGCGGGAUCAAUUGCGUUUAAGUAGAUUGUAAUAUUGUAGUUACUAUAAACAUAUUUUUUGCAGAAUACGUUAUUCGAGAAAAAAACAUUGGAGUGUUUUCUCAAAGCUCAGUAACUUUGUAGUUUGUUCUCGCGGCCAACAUUUCAUUUGAAGCAAUCUUUCUGCAACCCUUAUAAUCCGUCACGUAAGGCAUUCUCUUUCAUGUUUUGUAACGGGAAUGUAUAUUAUAAUAAUGUACAUAUUUUUAUUCCAUCCACAAACAUUGCACAUUACGCCACACCUAAAAUUAAUAACACUUAUUUUAUCUGUAGUAAGUUUCCUAAAAGUAUUACGGUUAUAAAUAUAGUAACCUAAAAUCG